ACUCCUCAAAUAACACUUCUGUUAGAAAAUGAUUAAGUUACCUUAUCUAAACAGAAUCAAAAGAGAAAAAAGAGGUGGUAAGACAAUAAUUGGCUACUUUGUUGUUCAAUCAAGAAUGAUUGAGGAUCACAAAUAGGCAUACCCGUGAAUGAUAGAGUCUCUAUAAACGUGACAUUUAAGCAUCUAGACCUCCUUAUAAAUAUAUUUUUAGUUUGAUUCAAAUGACAUAAAUAACUAACAGCCAGUCCACUUGUGUAAUUUUAUAACUUUGAAAGCCUCAAAGGGGCUGCUCUGCUGCUUCCUUUUUGGCUUUUGAUAAAUUAGACCUUCAUGUGUUUCCACUUCACUCGGCUUCACGGGUCCUGUUUCUCUUUUAUUUUUCAACCGAAGGGUAAUUUGUCCCAAACAAACUUCCUCUCCCAACUUCUUCACUUUUAUAUUCUGCUCCACUAUUGGCAUUGGUUCUUUCCUUGUCCUAAGCUGCACCAUAAUCCAAAGUUACAAAACAUGCCUGUCCUUACCUCUUCUUCUUCUUCCUCUUUUACAUACAUUUCUUUGUCCAUUUUCUUGCUGCUCAUUCUGUACAACACCACUGUCAUUUGUUCAGCUACAACCAGGACCAAGACGACUCACCCAAACCGCCAACUCUCUGUUAAUUACUAUGCCAAAUCAUGUCCUCAAGUUGAGCAGCUCAUCGGCUCCAUCACAUCCCAACAGUUCAAAGAAUCACCUGUUUCCGGCCCGGCAACCAUUCGCCUUUUCUUCCAUGACUGCUUUGUUGAAGGUUGUGAUGCAUCGAUAAUCAUAAGCUCAAAGCAGCAGGGGAACAAAAUGUUGGCAGAGAAGGAUGCACCUGAUAACAAGGACCUGAGAGAAGAAGGCUUUGAAAGUGUGAGGAAGGCCAAAGCUGUUGUGGAGAGCAAGUGUCCUGGUGUUGUGUCUUGUGCAGACAUACUUGCAAUUUCAGCCAGAGAUUAUGUCCACUUGGCAGGGGGUCCAUACUAUCAAGUUAAGAAAGGGAGGUGGGAUGGGAAAAUAUCAAUGGCCUCAAAAGUGGCCUCAAAUAUUCCCCAAGCAAAUUUCACAGUGGAUCAGCUACUCAAACUCUUCAGUUCAAAAGGCCUAACACUUGAAGACCUGGUUGUUCUUUCUGGUGCACAUACCUUCGGCUUUGCUCAUUGCCAGAACUUUGUAAGCAGGCUCUAUGACUACAGGGGAUCCAAGCAGCCCGACCCGGUUAUCGACCCGAGACUCCUGAGGGCCCUAAGAAUGUCAUGCCCACAUUAUGGUGGAAAUGCUGACAUCGUUGCACCAUUUGAUGUCACCACACCGUUUGUGUUUGACCAUGCCUAUUAUGGGAACCUAGAGGCUAAGUUGGGCUUGCUAGCAUCAGACCAAGCUUUAUCUUUGGACCCAAGAACCAAGCCUAUUGUCCAGGCGUUGGCAAAAGAUAAGCAAAAGUUCUUUCAAGCUUUUGCUGCAGCAAUGGAGAAAAUGGGCUCAAUAGGUGUGAAAAGAGGAAGAAAACAUGGGGAGAAAAGGAAAGACUGUAGUACGCAUAUGUUAUGAUAAUUUUUUUGUUCUUUUUCAUUCCUUGUGGUGGGUCAGUUUAGACAUUUUCCCUGUCCUAGUU